AUAAGCGAAACAAUAACAGUUGGCGCUUUACUUUGUAUCCAAACCCCGUCACAAGCAAGUUGAUUCUUUUUUUUAGCGCGUUUUGGCGCAUCACGCUCUCGAGUGCGUCGGAAGGUUUCAUAAGAGGAGCACAGCGCGCUCCACUUUUAAUCAGAUUAGGAGCCUUUAAUGUUCAAAUCCUGCGCUUCUUUUUUCUUCUUCUUCUUCUUCUCCUUCUUCUUCCCUACAGUAGCGGUGCAGGAGUGGCCAAAGCCAAAAGCAGCGAUUCAGAUCAGAUUUCACCUAAACCAGCUGGGAGAGAGACCGUGAGAGAGAGAGAGAGGGUUUGUCAGUCUCCCUCCUCCCAAAUCCAGAAAAGCUUACCAAGGAAAAAGGAGGAGUGUCGGGUGCUGAGGGAGAGAGAGAGACGCCGAGGAAUCCAGAGGAAUUUCAGAGGAUAUUUUUCUCUUCUUUUUUUCGCCCCCCCUCCUCUCGCCGCCACCUCUUGAUAUUAAAAUUUAAAAGUUGGAGGGGAGGCAGCAGGGACCGUGGUCAAGGAUGGACGAGCAGCCUCGGUUGAUGCACUCCCACGGGGUAGGCAUGGCCGGACACCCCGGCCUGGCGCAGCAUAUGCAGGAUGGCACGGCGGGGACGGACGGAGAGGGAAGGAAGCAGGACAUCGGAGACAUAUUACAGCAAAUAAUGACCAUCACAGACCAAAGCUUAGACGAGGCACAGGCGAGGAAACAUGCACUCAACUGCCACAGAAUGAAACCUGCUCUCUUCAACGUCUUGUGUGAAAUAAAGGAGAAAACAGUGCUCAGUAUCCGAGGCGCCCAGGAGGAGGAGCCUCCAGAUCCCCAGCUGAUGCGACUGGACAACAUGCUGCUGGCGGAGGGCGUGGCCGGGCCCGAGAAAGGCGGCGGGUCGGCGGCGGCGGCAGCAGCGGCGGCGGCCACCGGUGGCAUCGGCGCCGACAACUCAGCAGAACACUCUGACUACCGGGCCAAGCUGUCACAGAUCCGGCAAAUUUACCACACAGAGCUGGAGAAGUAUGAACAGGCGUGCAAUGAGUUCACCACCCAUGUGAUGAACCUGCUGAGGGAGCAGUCUCGAACACGACCCAUCUCGCCCAAAGAGAUCGAGCGCAUGGUCGGCAUCAUCCACCGCAAGUUCAGCUCCAUCCAGAUGCAGCUGAAACAGAGCACCUGCGAGGCCGUUAUGAUCCUGCGCUCUCGUUUUCUCGAUGCCAGACGAAAGAGGAGGAACUUCAACAAACAGGCGACAGAGAUCCUAAACGAGUACUUUUACUCCCAUCUCAGUAACCCCUAUCCCAGCGAGGAGGCCAAAGAAGAACUGGCCAAGAAAUGUGCCAUCACAGUGUCACAGGUAUCAAACUGGUUUGGGAACAAGAGAAUCCGAUACAAGAAAAACAUCGGCAAGUUCCAAGAAGAGGCCAACAUGUACGCAGCGAGGACUGCAGUCAACGCGACCAGUGUGUCUGCUCACGGCAGCCAGGCCAACUCACCAUCAACUCCCAACUCAGCAGGUUCUGCUGGCUCUUUUAACAUGUCAAACUCCGGAGACUUGUUCAUGAGUGUGCAGUCCCUCAAUGGGGACUCGUACCAAGGGGGGCAGGUUGGGGCCAACAUACAAUCCCAGGUGGAUACCCUUCGCCAUGUUAUCAGCCAGACCGGAGGAUACAGUGACAGCCUCGCAGCCAGCCAGAUGUACAGUCCACAGGGCAUCAACGUAAGACCUACAAACGGUGGCUGGCAAGAUGCUCCGACUCCUUCGUCAGUGACAUCGCCCACAGAAGGACCCGGAAGCGUCCAUUCAGAUACUUCCAACUGAAUAUAUCCAUCUCUACACCUCAUCCACGAAAAACAAACAAAAAAAACAUGGACUGACGUUGCUAUUCACAGUAUUAAACAAAGGAAUUCACUGCCCCACAGUUUGGCGAGGUACUGUGAAAUCCUAAACCAGAAAAAGUUUGAAAAAAAAAAAUUCCUCUGCUUGUACCGUUGGACUUUUGGGAUACAAACAAGAAGUUUCACAAUAAAAAUCAAAACAAUAUCGCAAUCAAUGGAGACGUUUGUACAGAUUUCACAUUAUAAUCAGAGGGCUGGGGUUACUUAUUCACUCGUAAUGUUUUCACUCAUUAUGAUGAAAUGAUAAGAUAAAGUAAAUAAAUAAAAUCAUUGGUUUUAACUGAAAAUACUCCAUUCUACCUCUCAGCCACUAAAAAAAUAAAACGUAGAAAAAAUGUCAGUGACCAUUAUUUGUUUUGUAAAAAUGAAACUUUUGUCUUUGCAAGCAAGAGGCACAUCUUACUUACAUUUUGUUGUCUCUCACCUAUUCUAUGGUACGCCAUUUAGACUUAAAUAUUGCUCAGUUGUUUACAAUGUGUGCUUGAUAAAAGUAUGUUCAUCUUCCCCUCUGUCUCCGACGAGUCAAAACCGAGUUCUGUCAGGAGAUUUUACCUCUAAGGUAACCCUGUGAAGUAUGUUAUCUGUAAAACAAUAAAUAAAUACUUGUCAUCAAAUCAGACAAGCUUGACAUCGUUCAUUAAGAUGCAAGGUAUAUUAAAUUAUUUUACACAAUGUUGGUUUUGGUUCUGCAGCAUAUUGGUAGAGUGACAGUUACAGAAAUGCCUGAUUUACUGACGCAAUAAGGAGAACAGGAAUUGUGUCUUUUUUUUCUGUUGAUCUUUGCUGGACGAGGAGAAAAACUGUUAACUUGAAUCCUUCGUGAUGUUUUUAUUGAUUUCCAUCAUCUCUGCAGAAGAAGGGUUUUUUUUUUUUAACAAUGCCAAAAUGCUGAUGUAACCAAAAGAAAACCAAGAAAAGUCUGUUUUUAAUAUAUUACUUCAUCACAUGUUUACUGCACUGUUUCUUUUUUUUCUACUCAUCUAGUUUUCUACUCAGCCCUUUGUUUCUUAGCUGUGGUGCUACAAUCAAGCGAAUAACUCUGCCCCGUUGGAAGAAACACGAAAAGAAAUAUCGCUUUCUACGCAAAAGAAAGUUUGUCACGGACGUCUGUAACUGAGUUUGUUUUUCAAUACAUGAAGCCACAAUCCACUUAAACAGGGAAGUCAUUAUGUUAAUAGAGUUUUACACAGUGGAUCCUUGCUUCUGGAUCUACGGCGCAGGUCCAGAGAGGCUUGUAGCAUGAAGCUACUGAUCAUCGUCAUGACAGAAGCAUGUGGAUGUACCUGAACUGCUGCUCAGCCGAGGACAAUGUGAUGUGAAGAUAAUGUUACAUUCCACAUUUUUGCUGUAACGUGUCCCCUUUAGGGCAUUUAUUUACAUAGAAAUCAAUAUAUUAUUCUGCUGGUACUGCUUUAGUAACCCUAGAAUUGACACCAAAACAAAUAUAGACUUUGGAAUUCAUGCUUGUCUCAGUACUAUCAGGCUGAUUUUUUUUUCCCACUAUACAACAUUAAUGAAGAAAUGUUAACCAUGAAGUAUUAUAGGAGGGACAAAUCAUUAUGUUGAAUAAUGUGUUUUUCGAGCAGUCUAACCUUGUUUAUAGACACUUUUUUUAUGUUGUGUGGCCUGUUUGUUUUUGUAUUGUUUUUUUCUUUCUUUCUUUCUUUAAUGGUAUGCUUAAUGUAGGCUAUUACUUUGGUUGUUUUCCUCUUCUCGUGAAAUAGCUCAUGAACUUUCAACAUGUGUUUAUGUGCACCAUUGUGCUUGACUUGAUUUGUUGGAAAAAAAAAGGGUUUUCAACACAUUAAAAUGAUAUGUAAUACAGCGCCA